UUGUUGUAGAAGUCAUUCUUAAAACAUUAAAAAUGUCGAAUUUAUUUUGUCAACUUUGGAUACUAUUGCUUUUUGCCUCGACACAUGGAGUUCAUAUUGAUACGGGACGUAACACGCACAUGGUUCAUUGGAAUCAUGACCAGAAUGGUAGAGAUUGGGAAGGAUUAUGCAGAACCGGAAAAAGUCAAUCCCCCAUUGAAUUGACGAAAAGAUUCAGCGAACAUAAGCGAUUACCAAACCUAAAUUUUCAAAAUUACUUUGAACAUUUCGGAAAACCGUCAGUAUUGAAAAAUACUGGGUAUACAUGCAGCUUUAAAAUUGGGAAAACAAGAUUUUCUGAAAAUUUAGAAGUAAGUGGUGCUGAUCUUAAAGGUACAUACAUAGCGGAAGAGCUUCAUUUCCACUGGGGAUCCAUGGUCAGUAAAGGAGCUGAGCAUAUAAUAAAUGGACGGCGCUACGAUGUGGAGAUUCAUGUGGUUCAUCGUCGUUCAAUAUACAAUACCAUGCAAGAAGCUAUUUUACAUCCCGAUGGAUUAGCUGUAUUGGCGAUUAUGAUUCAUAUUCCAGAUUAUCGUGAAAGUGGAAAUUACACAGAUGCAAGGCAUAGAGAUAUCCAUAGGAAUUUAACGACACUUGGUGACUUAGCGCCACAUUCGCAUAAACGUUUACAUCAAACACCGCAAUCCAUGGAAGAUUUUUUAAUGCUUCUUCCUCGAAUCCAAGAAUAUCAUUCGACAACAUUAGUACACCCAGCUGUUACGGUUGGAAUCAUCCUCAAGAAAUUGGAGAUACAUAAUUUUUAUAGUUACCAUGGCUCGUUGACCACACCGGAUUGCCAAGAGUCUGUCCAUUGGAUAGUAUUUCGGGAGCCGUUGAUUGUC